CCCAGAUAGGAACUCAUUCGUCAACUUUUGCGGAUAGAGGGAACUAUUUCAGCGAAGAACUGGGUCGCAGUUCUGACCAGACUGUAAACAACUCCACGUAUGUUUUUCCCUGUACAUCGAAUAAUAUUCAAGGUAAAUGAAACAAAAUUGCACUUCUACCUGGAUUUUUAAGUUUUACAUGUAAGAAGAAAAUGACGUGCAUCAUGGAAUGACAGCAGAAUUGCCACAUUGACAAGGGAGUCUCAAGGUUUGAAGACACAUGGCUAAUCUCGAGGAAAACAUUUCUGAGCGGAUUGACUGGGGUGAAAAGGCAGUGGUGGGAGAAAAACACAAAGGCACAGAGCGUAAUGCAGAUUGGACAGGGACUCUGCUGAAUAAUGCACACAUUGGACUUCCUAGCCCAGCACCAGAUGUUGUCAAAUGCUCCCUAAUAUCUGGGGAGUGUCUCUACUUCCACUAUGGGUGUGAUGGUCAGGACGACAGGGGCUGGGGCUGUGGCUACCGCACCUUACAGACCAUGGCCUCUUGGCUGUGCCAGAGCUGGGCCCCACCACCACCUAAGGGCAAAUGCAGACCCCCACCCAGCCUCCCUGAAAUCCAGCACGCCCUGGUCGCAAUGGGGGACAAGCUUGCCAUGUUCGCUGGCUCUCGCGAGUGGAUAGGGACGUUUGAGGCGGCCCUGGUCCUCGACUACUACUACGACGUCCCCUGUAAGGUUGUCCACGUGCGGGGUGGAGGGGUAGAACUAGAGAGAGCUGUCGAGGAGCUCCACCAGCACUUCCAGAGCCAGGGGUCUCCUGUCAUGAUGGGAGGCGACCGGGACAACUCCUCCAAGGGGAUCCUGGGUGUGUGCACUCGGCAUGGAGGCCAGGGGAGCUACCUGCUGGUGAUGGACCCUCACUACUAUGGGCCCAGACUGGAGAUGACAUCGGUGCAGGGGCUGGGGUGGGUGUCGUGGAAAAAAGUAGGGUCACUGGAUCAUAGCUCUUUCUAUAACUUGUGUCUGCCUCAGACUUCCCGGAAAUUAAACGGAUAAGGACAGAUCAGUGGGAAAAGAAGAGGUUUCUUAAACUCAGGCAGCCCAAUUCUGAUAUUUUUUUUCCACUAAUUGCAGCCAGGUAGAAUUAUUGUAAGGACUUAAUUGGGUAAUCGCUUUAUUAAAUGUCUGUUGUAAUUAUCUGAGAAAAUAUUUUUAAAAUAAUACAUAUUUGAAAGAGAACAUCUGUUAUGAUCCACAAAUAAAGAUAUGUUAAAUAUAUUUCUACUGUCCUGUACUGCAGUAGGGACUGGUAGUGUAUGAGUAUAACACUAUUGCCCUCUUGUGGAGAAAUGCAGACUUCAUAUGUUGUGAGGACAUUACCAUAGAAACAAAAUCACUCUAGUUCUGUGUAGGGUUGCAAAAUUCCUGGGGCCUCAUUUAUUAAUCAUGCGUACGUGCAAAUCUGUGCGUAAACCCAAGUGUGAUUAAUCAAUAUGAAUGUUUCCUUCAGAGUGUGCUCAACUCUACCGAUACUUCUGUCACAAACUGUUGUGUUACGUUAAGUAGCAAAUGUGCCUACUCUGGUCUUGGCAUGUACUCACAGCUCACAGAUACAGUUCAGGUAGACUGUGAGGGUUGUCUAGUCUACAUGAGAUUAUUAUGGAUAAGAGAAUAUUGAAUUUGUCAAACGUCAGUCAAGCAUCUAUCAUCAUGUCACCAGAAUAAGAUUCUCAAUAGUUUUUGGAAAGGAGCAUCAACUAGGGAUGCAUGAUAUACAGUUGUAGUCGGAAGUUUACAUACACCUAAGCCAAAUUCAUUUAAACUCAGUUUUUCACAAUUCCUGACACGUCAUCCUAGUAAAAAUUCCCUAUCUUAGGUUGUUUAGGAUCACCACUUUAUUUUAAGAAUGUGAAAUGUCAGAAUAAUAGUGAAGAGUGAUUUAUUUCAGCUUUUAUUUCUUUCAACACAUUCCCAGUGGGUGAGAAGUUUACAUACACUCAAUUCGUAUUUGGUAGCAUUGCCUUUAAAUUGUUUAACUUGGGUGAAAUGUUUUGGGUAGCCUUCCACAAGCUUCCCAUAAUAAGUUGGGUGAAUUUUGGCCCAUUCCUCUGGACAGAGCUGGUGUAACUGAGUCAGAUUUGUAGGCCUCCUUGCUCGCACACGCUUUUUCAGUUCUGCCCACAAAUUUUCUACAGGAUUGAGGUCAGGGCUUUGUGAUGGCCACUUCAAUACCUUGACUUUGUUGUCCUUAAGCCAUUUUGCCACAACUUUGGAAGUAUGCUUGGGGUCAUUGUCCAUUUGGAAGACCCAUUUGCGACCAAGCUUUGACUUCCUGACUGAUGUCUUGAAAUGUUGCUUCAAUAUAUCCACAUCAUUUUCCUACGUCAUGAUGCCAUCUAUUUUGUGAAGUGCACCAGUCCCUCCCUGCACCAGACCCAUCCCCACAACAUGAUGCUGCCACCCCCGUGUUUCACGGUUGGGAUCGUGUUCUUCGGCUUGUAAGCCUCCCCUUUUCCUCCAAACAUAACGAUGGUCAUUAUGGCUAAACAGUUCUAUUUUUGUUUCAUCAGACCAGAGGACAUUUCUCCAAAAAGUACAUCUUUGUCCCCAUGUGCAGUUGCAAACUGUAGUCUUUUUUUAUGGCAGUUUGGGAGCAGUGGCUUCUUCCUUGCUGAGCAGCCUUUCAGGUUAUGUCGAUAUAGGACUUGUUUUACUGUGGAUAUAGAUACUUUUGUACCUGUUUCCUCCAACAUCUUCACAAGGUCUUUUGCUAUUGUUCUGUGAUUGAUUUGCACUUUUCGCACCAAAGUAUGUUCAUUAGGCCUUGAAAUACAUUUACAGGUACACCUCCAAUUGACUCAAAUGAUGUCAAUUAGCCUUUCAGAAGCUUUUAAAGCCAUGACAUAAUUUUCUGGAAUUUUCCAAGCUGUUUAAAGGCACAGUCAACAGAGUGUAUGUAAACUUCUGACCCACUGGAAUUGUGAUACAGUGAGUUAUAAGUGAAAUAAUCUGUCUGUAAACAAUUGUUGGAAAACUUACCUGUGUCAUGCACAAAAUAGAUGUCCUAACCAACUUGCCAAAAAAUUUGUGGAGUGGUUUAGAAAUGAGAUUUAAUGACUCCUACCUAAGUGUAUGUAAACUUCCAACUUCAACUGUAUAUAACGUACACUUACCGUUCAAUGAUCUGGUGUUGCCACUAAAAAACUCAAACCGUUGGUACAAGCGAGACAAGUGAUAAAACAAAUGAAAUAGCCGUUGUGAUAACUGGAAGAUUAGUAAACAUGAAUAAAUCCAGUGCCCAACCUGAGACAAAUGUAAUGCAGUGCAUAAUCUCCUCAUGGACUACACCAGAUUUGCCAGUUCUUGCUGUGAGAUGUUACCCCACUCAAGGGUUCGACCGAUUAAUCAGCAUGGCUGAUUUAAUAAGGGCCGAUUUUCAAGUUUUCAUAAUAAUCGGUAAUCUGCAUUUUUGGAUGCCGAUUAUGGCCGAUUACAUUGCAUUCCACGAGGAAACUGUAUGGCUACCUGUUACGCGAGUGCAGUAAGGAGCCAAGGUAAUGCUAACUAGCAUUAAACUUAUCUUAUAAAAACAAUCAAUCUUUACAUAAUCACUACUUAACUACACAUGGUUGAUGAUAUUACUAGGUUAACUAGCUUGUCCUGCGUUGCAUAUAAUCGAUGCUGUGCCUGUUAAUUUAUCAUCGAAUCACAGCCUACUUCGCCAAACGGGUGAUGAUUUAACAAAAGCGCAUUAGCGAAAAAAGAACAGUCGUUGCCCGAAUGUAGCUAACCAUAAACACCAAUGCCUUACUUAAAAUCUGUUUUUUAUAACCUGCAUAUUUAGUUAAAAGAAAUUCAUGUUAGCAGGCAAUAUUAACUAUGGAAAUUGUCACUUCUCUUGCGUUCAGUGCAAGCAGAGUCGGGGUAUAUGCAAUGGUUUGGACCGCCCGUUCAAUAAAAUAUGGAAGUUUCGUAUUUCACUAAAAGAAUAAACGUUUUGUUUUCGAAAUGAGUUUCCGGAUUUGACCAUAUUAAUGACCAAAGGCUCAUAUUUCUGUGUUUAUUAUAUUAUUAUAUUUAAGUCUAUGAUUUGAUAUUUGAUAUUGCAGUCUGACUGAGCGGUGGUAGGCAGCAGCAGGCUCGUAAGCAUUCAUUCAAACAGCACUUUACUGCGUUUUCCAGCAGCUCUUAGCAAUGUUUGAAGCACAGCGCUGUUUAUGACUUCAAGCCUAUCAACUCCCAAGAUUAGUCUGGCAAUACUAAAGUUCCUAUAAGAACAUCCAGUAGUCAAAGGUAUAUGAAAUACAAAUGCAUAGAGAGAAAUAGUCGACACGUCAUAAUUCCUAUAAUAACUACAACCUAAAACUUCUUAACUGGGAAUAUUGAACCACCAGCUUUCAUAUGUUCUGAGCAAGGAAGUUAAACGUAAGCUUUUUUACAUGGAACAUAUUGCACUUUUACUUUCUUCUCAAACACUGUGUUUUUGCAUUAUUUAAACCAAAUUGUGCAUGUUUCAUUAUUUAUUUGAGACUAAAUAGAUGUAUUAUAUUAAGUUAAAAUAAGUGUGUAAUUGUUAUUAUUACAAAUAUAUAUAAAUCGGCUGAUUAAUCGGUAUCUGCUUUUUUAGUCCUCCAAUAAUCGGUAUCGAAAAAUCAUAAAUCAGUCGAACCUCUACCCCACUCUUCCAACAAGGCACCUUCCCAGACAUUUCUGGGGGAAUGGCCCUAGCCCUCACCCACCAAUCCAACAGGUCCCAGACUUGCUCAAUGUGAUUGAGAUCUGCGCUCUUCGCUGGCCAUGGCAGAACACUGACAUUCCUGUCUUGCAGGAAAUCAAGCACAGAACGAGCAGUAUGGCUGGUGGCAUUGUCAUCUUGGAGGGUCAUGUCAGGAUGAGCCUGCAGGAAGGGUACCAUAUGAGGGAGGAGGCUGUCUUCCCUAUAACGCACAGCAUUGAGAUUGACUGCAAUGACAACAAGCUCAGUCCGAUGAUGCUGUGACACACCGCCCCAGACCAUGAUGGACCCUCCACUUCCAAAUCAAUCCUGCUCCAGAGUACAGGCCUCGGUGUAACGCUCAUUCCUUCGACGAUAAACGCAAAUCCGACCAUCACCCCUGGUGAGAUAAAACCGCGACUGACUCGUCAGUGAAGAGCACUUUUUGCCAGUCCUGCCUAAGGCAUGUUCACGCAGAUGAGCAGGGACCCUGGGCAUCUUUCUUUUGGUGUUUUUCAAAGUCAGUAGAAAGGCACCGGUACACACUACCAAGUGGGCUAUCUUUCAGAUUUUGCCCUACUGGAGUUACACAGUAAUGGCGUCACUGCUAUUAGCUACAUGAAAUGCAUACUAUGGAACGUCGUUUGGGUCUUUGCGUGUCAAAAAAAGAUACAGUAGCACAGUCAAAGCUGUACAAAAAAGUCUGCAAACAAGCAAACACCGGCCACAAACAAUGUAUUUACAAUACCGCGUUGGUAAUAAAGCAUCAUUUGUUCGACCGCAAAAUCUGGGGUAGCUAGUUUUAGCUUGGUACCAAGCUAGCACCAAUAAAACCAUCCUGAAAAUAAUGACCGGUAGAAACUGCAGUCAUUUUCAUUAUUCUUAGCAAUUAUCUUGUGAGUAAGUAUUGUUGUUCGCCUAUUGAAAUUGAACUUCAGUUCAUGAAAAUAAAUAGCUAGCCAGCUACUUAACCUUGUUGCCCAAAGCUAACGUUAUUAGCAACCAGCUAGCUUCAUAUGUCACACCCUGACCAUAGUUUACUUUGUAUGUUUCUAUGUUUUGGUUGGUCAGGGUGUGAUCUGAGUGGGCAUUCUAUGUUGAAUGUCUUGUUUGUCUAUUUCUAUGUCUGGCCUGAUAUGGUUCUCAAUCAGAGGCAGGUGUUAGUCAUUGUCUCUGAUUGGGAACCAUAUUUUGGUAGCCUGGGUUUCACUGUGUGUUUGUGGGUGAUUGUUCCUGUCUCUGUGUUUAUUGACACCAGAUAGGCUGUAUAGAUUUUCAUGUUAUGUUUUGUUGUUUUUGUAUUGUUUGUUUUUUUCUUUAUUAAACAUGUCUCAAGAAUACCACGCUG